AUGAGCUCUCAAGAUGAACCACCUGCGAGGAGACGUGAAUCUCGAUCGGGGUCAAGGAAAGUCUCGACAUUGUCCGCGGAACAACUAGAGCGAAAGCGUGCCAACGAUCGAGAGGCUCAACGGUCCAUUCGCCAACGCACCAAGGAGCAUAUAGAACAUCUUGAGUCACAAAUUGAGGAGAUGCGGCUCCGAACCGAGCGGUUCGAUGAAGUCGUGCAACACAAUGCCUUUCUGGAGAAUGAAGUCAUCCGAUUGAAGCAUCAAAUUGCUGCUUUGACUGGCCGACCGGAGUUUGCCUCCAGUAACGAACCGAUGGCUUCGUUUCGAAGGGCAUUGCCACCGCCACACUUCACUGCAACAUCCCACACCCAGCCAUCGAGCCUGUUAGUACCGCGUCGAGCGUCUCCUCAGCAUGACUGGCAGCAACCAUAUCCGCCCACAAGGUCGCCGUCGCUCGGCGCAGCCUCCAAUCCCGAAUUCCCGAAUCGUAUGGAGCCAUAUCCCAUAGAUAGUCGAAUUCACCAAGGACAACCCAUCUGCCCACCUCAGCAACAAUCCGAAUCCUCUUUCUCCGAAUUCACUUACAGCGAUCGGUCACUUUCCAUGUCGAGUGCCAGUCCCGUUCCUCAGCCCACUUCCGCCCAAGUCUACCAACCCUCCACAUCAGCUUACCCGCAACCAAUGCCUCAAUCGCAACGGACGGAUCCGACAUACGAGUUUCCAUGGGAUAUUGAUUCGGUGGAAACACAAUGCCUUGCGAGUUCAGGCGAUCUGGUCUCCUGUCAUGUCUCAAAGCAAUACUCCAUAGUCGUCGCGGAAAUUGCGAUUGGAAUUGUCUUUCAUGCAUAA